AUGAUGUGGGCGGGGGACUAUGAUUCAUGCAUGGCAGCAGUGCUGCUGCACCAUCCGCCCAAGGGGCUCUCUAUUGCUGAAUCUGUUAUGAUGUGGGCGGCAGACUACGAUCCGCGCAUGGCAGCAGUGCUGCUGCACCACCCCCCUGAAGGCCUCUCCCUGGCAGCAGAACCCCUCACCUGGUCCGCCGGCCUGCCCCCACUCCAACCCCCCUCCACCGCCCCCAACUCCUCCCCGACACACCCUGCACACUCCGCACAUUCCUCCCUCCCCCCGACCCACCCCGACCCCUCCCCCUUCCCCGCCAUGCUCCCCAUCCCCCCGUCCCUCCCCCCGGUGCUCGCCCUGGGGCUGGGGAAGCGGUCUGGGCGAAAGGGGGGGAGCAUGGGGGGGGGCAUGGGGGGAGCGGGGGGAGCGGAGGGGGCGGGGGGAAGGGGGAUGUCGCGGUGGGGGGAAGCGCGGGUGGGGGAUGAGGACCUAGCAGUGUUUUGUGUAGCGGCCAUUCUGAGAGCCAACAGGAAGAGGCUGCUGCAAGUGGAGGGCUCAGACGAAGCCAUUAAGAUGUUCAACGAUGUGGAGCUGGUGUUGGAUGUGGCAUCAUGUGUGCACCUUGCCAUUAAAAUUCGAGCCAAGUACUGCAAGAAGUCUAAUCGAGCCACUCGUGUGUUGCGGUAG